AUGAGUUGUGCGGAGGUGAUGUAUCACCCCCAGACGUAUGGAGCGCCCCAGUACCUGCCCAACCCUGUGGCAGCUGCAACCUGCCCCACAGCCUGCUAUCAUCCGGUGCCCCAACCUGGCCAGCAGAAGAAGUUAGCGGUAUACAGCAAGAUGCAGGACUCUCUGGAAGUCACCCUUCCCAUCACCCUUCCCAGCAAACAAGAGGAGGAGGAGGAGGAGGAUGAGGAGGAGGAGGAGGAGGAGAAAGACCAGCCUGCCGAGAUGGAGUACCUUAACUCUCGCUGUGUCCUUUUCACUUAUUUCCAGGGAGACAUUGGGUCAGUAGUGGAUGAACACUUCUCAAGAGCUUUGGGCCAAGCCAGCACCCUCCAUCCAGAAUCUGCCAUUUCAAAAAGCAAGCUGGGGCUAACCCCCCUAUGGCGAGACAGCUCAGGUCUCUCCAGCCAGAGGAGUAGUUUCCCAACUUCUUUUUGGGCCAGCUCUUACCAGCCCCCACCUGCACCCUGUUUGGGGGGAGUUCAUCCUGACUUCCAGGUCACUGCGCCCCCUGGCACCUUUACUGCAGCAGACCCCAGCCCCUGGCCGGGACACAGCCUGCAUCAGACUAGCCCAGCCCCUCACCCUCCUGUGUCCGAAUCCUGGCACUACCCUUUGGCAUCUCAGGUGAGCCCAUCCUACAGCCAUAUGCAUGAUGUGUACAUGCGGCACCACCACCCCCACACCCACAUGCACCACCGCCACCACCACCACCACCACCCUUCUGCUGGCUCCACCCUGGACCCGCCAUAUGGGCCUCUGUUAAUGCCAUCAGUGCGUGCGGCCAGAAUUCCUGCUCCCCAGUGUGACAUCACAAAGACAGAUCCGACUACAGUCACUACUGCUACCUCAGCGUGGGCCGGGGCCUUUCAUGGAACAGUCGACAUAGUGCCAAGUGUGGGGUUUGAUACAGAGGACUCAAGGAAUAGUAUUUGCAUGGACGUUUGUGUGAGGUUCAUCUUCAUUCACAGAAGUAAUUGCAUUUGAAGAAAAUUUCUGUCACUAUUUCAAACAUUUCACGUGGUUCUUAUGUUGCCUCAGAAUCCAAAGGGUUAUGUGGUAUUUAUGAAGACAGGCAUUCAGGAGGGUGGAGAGCAAGACAUCUGGUGUGGAUUCUUCCUAGCUGAAGUGUGUUUUCUCUGGGGACAACCAAAUACCAUUUAAUUGUUUUGCUUCCUUUUUUGGGAACGUAUACCCAUCCUGUGAUGUCCUAAGUCCCCAAGCAUCUCAUUUGACCUGUCAAUGCUCAUUGACUAAAUAUCUAUAUAUGACCACACUGGUGUGGUGAAGUUUUAUGCUUCUGUCCAGAUUAAAUCAUUACAUCUGCUAUCAGUUAAGGAGUGGAAAAAAAAAAUGUUAUGAGAAGGCAAAAACUGUUUUGAUAUAUAAUGUGUCUAGUAGGUAUCCAUGCUCUGGAAUGCUGUUGAUCAAUAAAUGACCUUCAACUGUUAGAAACAACACUCAGGCACAACUGUUUUACUUUCCAUACCAAGUUUGGCUGUGGGAAUGAAGAACACCAGCAUUGAUCUUUGCUUUGCACUUGUACAAGAGACUAUUUGCACAGAGCCAAAUAUAGCAACAGAGGAUUUAAUAUCUUGCCAAAAUAUACAAAAUCUGUUCCUCUUUAAGCAUGACACUCUAUCCUUUCUUGUGGAUCUUGCUAAAAGGAAAACACAGCUUUCAACUUCUCCAUUCCUUCUGUUGGAAAUUCUCUAAUCUUUUUCAAACGGGCAACGUGUGGUUUUGUGGAGUUUGAUGUUUCCAAAAGAAAAUGGCUACAUGAGAAAUCGCUUGGUAAUAGACCUCCUACAGCACAUUGUCAUGGAGCGAUAUGAUCUCGGGCCCUUUUGA